AUGUUGCCAUGUCGCCAUGACGCCAACCGCAUGAAGUGUGACAUGCAUGGAGCAGCGUGUCAUUCGGCAGUCUAUAUAUACUUCGGGAGUCUUCUGCAUUUCACUGCCACCAUGGCCAUCACAUUUCUGCCAUUCUAUCUGAUAUGGCUACUAUUCCAACAUGUGGCGAGCGCUCCAGUCGUUGACACACUCGUUGGAGCUACCUUUAAAAGGGCAACGGUCGGGCCUAAGAUGAAUGGCGUCAACUUUCCCGACCCAACAAUCAUUCAGGCCGGCGCUUGGUACAGCUUCGGAACAAGAACUAUAGGAAGUAGCAUUCACAUCCAAAUCGCCACCUCGACGGACUUUAAUGCGUGGAACAUCGCAUACAACGAGGAUGGCUCCCAAAAGGACGCACUACCAACUCUACCCGUGUGGGUUGCCAACAAGACUGCUGGGGCAAGCAAUGUAUGGGCGCCAGACAUCAAUGUGCUGGACGAUGGAAGCUACAUAAUCUAUUACAGCGCUAGUACAGCCGCUGAUCCUACAAAACACUGUGUAGGUGCAGCGACUUCGAGAGACAUAGUAUACGCUACCAAGAUCCUGCCGAUGGCAAGCGUUGCGCCUCUGGUCCCUACGCCACUCGUCUUGCAGCCCGUGGCCUCCGAUGGCYUCACUCUGGCAGGCUCGGCUACAACGUUAUUGGACCACAGUGGAACUUCCCGGAAUGCAGACGGGACUGAUGACGGUAUUGUUGAGGCCCCAGUCUUGUUCAAGGCUGGCUCGAUAUACUUCCUAUUCUUCUCUCCUGGUGCACCUCAUUUCUCAUUCUGGACCAUUUUCACCGCUUCUUCCAAUGCAGGUCUCAGACAGCAAGCCAUUGUGACUUUCCUGCCCCAAAGCAUGCCGUUUGACGACGCAAUGGCAACGUUAWCGUAA